AUGAAACUCGACAAGUUCCCGAAGCACGAGCUCACGUUUCCGGGUCCCACGCCCAUCCAACACCUCGCCCGCCUCUCCGCAGCUUUGGGCGGCAAAGUCCAGCUCUACGCCAAGCGCGAGGACUGCAACUCCGGCCUGGCCUUCGGCGGCAACAAGACGCGCAAGCUCGAGUACAUCGUCCCCGAGGCUAUCGAGGGCGGCUACGACACGCUCGUCUCGAUCGGCGGCAUCCAGUCCAACCAGACGCGCCAGGUCGCCGCCGUCGCGGCGCAUCUCGGCAUGAAGUGCGUACUGGUGCAGGAGAACUGGGUCAACCAUGGCGAUCAAGACGGGAUCUACGAUAAGGUCGGCAACAUCGAGCUGUCGCGCAUCCUCGGCGCCGAGUGUCGGCUUGACGCCGCUGGGUUCGACAUCGGCAUUCGUGCUAGCUGGCAGCAGGCGUUGGCGGACGUCGAGAAGGCCGGCGGAAAGGGCUAUGCCAUUCCAGCUGGAUGCUCUGAACAUCCUUAUGGCGGUUUGGGGUUCGUAGGGUUCGCGGAGGAGGUCAGGGAGCAGGAGAAGCAGUUGGGUUUCAAGUUCGACUAUAUCGUGGUCUGCGCCGUCACUGGGAGCACCAUGGCCGGUAUGGUCGUCGGCUUCGCCGCGGACGGACGCGCGCGCAGGGUCAUCGGCAUCGAUGCCUCUGCCAAGCCGGAGAAGACGAAGGAGCAGAUCCUGCGCAUCGCGAAGAACACGGCGGCUCUGGUCGAACUUGGGCAGGAGAUCACCGAAGAGGAUGUCGUCCUCGACACGCGCUUCGGAGGGCCCGAGUACGGGCUGCCGAAUGAGGGAACGAUGGAUGCCAUUAGGCUGUGCGCGCGGACGGAGGGUAUGCUCACGGAUCCGGUGUAUGAGGGCAAGUCGAUGGACGGGAUGAUUCAGAUGGUACGGAACGGCGAGUUCCCAGAGGGAUCACGCGUGCUGUAUGCACAUCUCGGUGGCGCCCCUGCGCUGAGCGCGUAUAGCUAUCUGUUCAAGGAAGGCUGA